AUGGCCGCGAAGAAAUCCGAUGUCAUGCGUAAGAUUCAGAUUGAGAAGCUUGUCUUGAACAUUUCCGUAGGAGAAUCCGGCGAUAGAUUGACCAGAGCCGCCAAGGUCCUUGAGACCCUGACUGGGCAAACCCCAGUCCUCUCAGAGGCACGUUACACAGUUAGAGCCUUCUCCAUUCGUAGAAACGACCAGAUCGCUUGCCAUGUGACAGUCAGAGGCUCCAAAGCAGUUGAGAUUCUUGAGAAAGGACUUAAAGUCAAGGAAUUCGAGUUGAAGAACUGCAACUUCUCAGACACCGGAAACUUCGGCUUUGGUAUUGAAGAACACAUCGAUUUGGGUUUGAAAUAUGACCCACAAGUUGGUAUUUAUGGUAUGGACUUUUACGUCGUCCUCGCUCGUCCAGGUUUCAGAGUCGCCAGAAGAAAAAGAGGACAAAACAGAAUCGGAAAGGAUCACCUCUUGAGAAAGGAUGACGCUAUCAACUGGUUCAAGGAAACUUAUGAAGGUAUCGUGCUUAACAAGUAA